GGCUCAACAGCGCCGCGCAUUCCAGGACGGCAGGAGGGCAGGCCAACGCCACCUCCGGCCCGCCAUGGUGGCCACAUCGCGAGCUUCCACUCCGCGGCCACCUGCAGCUGCCAAGUCGGCUGCUGCUGCCAGCUCAGCUGCCACGCCUGCUGAGAGUCCUGCUGGUGCUCAGGCACGUGCCAAGGCGGCAGCCAACCCCGCCGACAGAGCCAUCGCUGCGACCAGGGCCCCCGUACCGCGGGCAGCGCCGGCGGCGGCGCCCCUGUCGCCCCUGAGGUGCCCAAGCUGCGUCUGUGCCUUUGCGGUGUGGCAGACCGUGCUCUUCGCGGUGGAGGUGUUGUAUUAUGCUCAGCCUGGCCAGGCGCUGUGGGCAAUAGGCAUGGGCGGCCACUCCGCGCUGGCGACCUUGGUUGUCUUGAUGACGGCGAUAGAGGAGGACCUGAAGGACCUGAACAACAUCCCCUGUUUCGGAGCGAGGGCCGCCUCGGCCUUCACGGCCGCGAAGGGAGCACAGGGAGUUGGUAACAGACUGCGCGGGCACGCCGGUCUGGGGCGAGCACGUCAGGGCAAGGCGUCGGCCUGCCAGCAGGCAGCAGUGGGCAAGCCACUCUGGGGCGUCUUUGGAUCCCAGGCCUUCGUCCUGCCCCUGUCGCUCUACCUCAGCGUCUGCAGCGGGUACCUCGCGUCGAAGAGCCUGGCGCCGCUGUCGCAGUACCUGUGGUGUUCGGUCUUUCUCCUGAGCACGGUCUUCCACGUUCUGAACAUUAUUCGUAUCAUCUUCUCGCUCACGUAUGGCCACGCUGCGGCAACAGCCGAUGAGGAGGAGGAAUCACGAUAGGGUAUGUGGGGGUAUUCGGUAAGCGAAGUGGGGAUCAGGUCGAAGGCGAGCUGGGGCUGCGGGCAAUCGGUCGAAUGUGCAGUUUCAGUGUGCAAGAAGGACGCUGCGGCCAGCAUGCGGAGCAGGCCUCAGAAUGUAGGGAUCAGUUCGCGGAAGGGUGGGGGUCUUUGGAGCAGGUGCCAUUUUGGAAGGGACAUCCCCUUCUGCUGGCCUUGCUGCCCCUGUGCCCGCCAGGUCUGACGUUCGGACGUACGCGGGCCGCCACCAAGUCCUCGAAAGAGGGCUAGCUGAGGCUGACCAGAUCGAGCAUUUGCACCAUCCAGCGCUAGCGAGGCAAUUCGGAUGGCCAGUAAUGGCUUCGAGUGGCUUGAAACGGGCGCCUGCAUCUCAGCGAGGCGUUUUCAAGACAAUUGGUGCUCACGUGUGCCGUGCAAGCGCAAAUUCGGCCAUAGCUGCCACUGUACAUUAGCGCUGCUGCGACAUCUGGAACAUGCUUGGGGGGCCAGACGCUUCGUGCUGCGAGAAAGGUGCGCACCCUGCGUCGUGGCUCGCUCAUGUCUGCUCCCGUAGCCUAUUCGGCGGCGGUUUUGGCCCUUGCGUUCGCGGGAAGGAGGAGACUAAGUAGAAGCAGGAGAACCAGCC